AUGAUCAGAUCCGCCGCCUCUCAAGUCCUAAGAACCAGCGUUCCUUCCAGAGUGGUGGGACCCUCCAGGGUGUUCACAUCGUCGCUGCACUCCACAGCGUUCGUUGACCAGUCCAUCAGCGACAAGGUGCGUCACACUUUGGGCGAUCUAAAUAAGAAAAUCGGGCAAGCUGCGGCCACGGGCAUCGACAAAGCACAGGAGGCAUCGCAUGUGGUGGAGGAGAAAUCCCACACCGCGGCCGACGCCACCAAGCACGGACUGGACGCUGUGAACAAGAAGACCGGCCAGGCCGCAGCUGCGGGCAUCGACAAGGCCCAGCACUUGGCGGACAAGGCCGAGGACAAGACGGAGAACUUGUCGGAACAGGCUGAGGACAAGGCGCAGGAGGUCAAGGAAGAGGCUUACGAAAAGGCCAACGAGGGCAAGGCCAAGGCCAAGGAGGUUGCCGAUCAGUACAAGCAGUGA